AUGCCUCACUCCGUUAAUCCUGCAUUACAACCAAACACUCUCAAGAUAGCCAUCCUGGGUGCCGCAGGUGGUAUUGGACAAUCCUUGUCUCUGCUAUUGAAGACACAACUACAUUUCCCUCUAAAGACAAACUCCACCCAAAGAGACAAGAACCAUAUCCAUUUGGCACUAUUUGACGUCAAUGAAGAUGCCAUCAACGGUGUCGUCGCUGAUCUAUCACACAUCGACACUCCAGUAUCCAUCUCCAACCACUCCCCCAAGACGGGCAUCGAAGACUGUUUGAAGAACUGUUCUCUAGUGGUUAUUCCUGCUGGGAUGCCCAGAAAACCAGGGAUGACUCGUGAAGAUUUAUUCACUAUUAACGCUAAAAUCAUGUCCAGUUUGACUGAUUCCAUCGCUCAAAAUUGUGAUCUUUCCAAAGUUUUCGUAUUAAUCAUCUCCAAUCCAGUGAAUUCUUUGGUGCCUGUCAUGGUUAACAGAUUAUGGUCCAAAUAUCCACAAUUAUCAAAGGGUACAAAUAUUGAAAAGAGAAUUAUGGGGGUCACCAAAUUAGAUAUCGUUAGAGCUUCCACUUUCUUACAUGAAGUUAACAUUGAUGCCGAUAUUACUCCAAGAACAAAUGAUAUGCCUGAUGUUCCUGUCAUUGGGGGACAUUCAGGUGAAACCAUCAUGCCUUUAUUUUCACAAUCAAGAUCAUAUAAAUCUCUAGAUAGAGAUCAAAUUAAUUAUUUGGUUCAUAGAGUACAAUAUGGUGGUGAUGAAGUCGUUAAGGCUAAGAAUGGUCUUGGUUCCGCUACUUUAUCCAUGGCUCAUGCCGCGUUUAAAGUAGUUAAUAAAUUCGUAUCUUUGUUAUUGGGUAACGUGGAUCAAAUUCAUGGUAUAUGCUACGUUUCUCUAAAGGAUGCUGAUGGAUCACCCAUCGCUCCCGGUGCAGAACAAUUAUUGAAAUCAAUCGAUGAUUGCUCCUUUUUCUCCAUACCAAUGUCAAUCUCAAAGAAGGGUGUCACUGCAAUCGAUUUUGAUAUCAUUGAUAGAAUGGACAAUUAUGAACGUAAUGAAAUGUUACCUUUAUGUCUACCAAAAUUGAAAAAUAGUAUUGCUACAGGUUCUAAAUUCGGCUCUCAAGAUUGA